AUGGCGCACCGGGGGCCCCCGUGCUUCCCGAAGAGCCCCGGCCCCGCCGCCCGAGCCCCGAGCCGCGGGGCGCCUCCGCUGCUGCGCUGGCCGCGCUCGCGGCCGUUCUUGUUGCUGCUGCUGCUGGCCGCUUGCGGGGCGGCCGGGCGCUCCCCCGAGCCCGGGCGCCUGGGUCCUCGCGCGCAGCUGACCCGGGUGCCGCGGAGCCCGCCUGCGGGGCGCACGGAGCACAGCGGCCGCGAAGACCGGCAGACGCGCGGUCCGGAGCCCGGCGCCCCGGGUCCGGAUCCCAGUCCUGCUCCGGGUCCCGGUGAGCACGGCGCCCCCGCUUUGGGCAAGGGGCGCUGGGCGCGCGCGGCGCCAGUGGCCGGAGCGGCUUCGCGGGCGCAGGUCUCGCUCAUCAGCACGUCGUUCGUGCUCAAGGGGGACGCGACACACAACCAGGCGAUGGUGCACUGGACAGGCGAGAACAGCAGCGUGAUCUUGAUCCUGACGAAGUACUACCACGCAGACAUGGGGAAGGUUCUGGAAAGUUCUCUGUGGCGGUCUUCGGAUUUCGGGACGUCCUACACCAAGCUCACUCUCCAGCCUGGCGUUACYACCGUCAUCGACAACUUCUACAUUUGCCCCACCAACAAGAGGAAGAUCAUCCUGGUGAGCUCCUCGCUCAGCGACCGCGAGCAGAGCCUCUUCCUGAGCACCGACGAGGGCGCCACCUUCCAGAAGCAGCCGAUCGCCUUCCUGGUGGAGACCCUCAUCUUCCACCCCAAGGAGGAGGACAAGGUCCUCGCCUACACCAAGGAGAGCAAGCUCUACGUGUCAUCUGACCUGGGGAAGAAGUGGACGCUUCUGCAAGAGCGCGUGACCAAAGACCAUGUGUUCUGGGCUGUGUCUGGGGUGGACACCGACCCCAACCUGGUCCACAUGGAAGCCCAGGACCUCAGUGGAGGUUUUCGCUACGUCACCUGCCAGAUCCACAAUUGCUCUGAUAAGACACUAACAGCCCCGUUCACAGGCCCCAUCGACCACAGCUCRCUGACCGUGCAGGACGAUUACAUCUUCUUUAAGGCGACUUCUACAAACCGGACUAAAUACUACGUCUCUUACCGACGCAGUGACUUUGUCCUGAUGAAGCUGCCCAAGUACGCACUGCCAAAGGACCUGCAGAUCAUCAGCACGGACGAGAGCCAGGUGUUCGUGGCGGUGCAGGAGUGGUACCAGGUGGACACCUACAACCUGUACCAGUCGGACCCGCGUGGAGUGCACUACACCCUGGUGCUGGAGGACGUGCGCAGCUCGCGGCAGGCCGAGGAGAGCGUGGUCAUCGACGUCCUCGAGGUCAGAGGGGUGAAAGGGGUCUUCCUGGCCAACCAGAAGGUUGACGGGAAGGUGACGACGCUCAUCACCUACAACAAGGGCCGCGACUGGGACCACCUGAGGCCGCCCAGCACCGACAUGAACGGGAAGCCCACCCACUGCCAGCCCCCUGACUGUCACCUGCAUCUGCACCUGCGCUGGGCAGACAACCCCUAUGUGUCGGGCACCGUGCACACCAAGGACAGCGCCCCGGGCCUCAUCAUGGGAGCAGGUAACCUGGGCUCACAGCUGGUGGAGUACAAAGAGGAGAUGUACAUCACAGCGGACUGCGGGCGCAGCUGGCGGCAGGUGUUCGAGGAGGAGCACCACAUCCUCUACCUGGACCACGGCGGGGUCAUCGCGGCCAUCAAGGACACCUCCAUCCCCCUCAAGAUCCUCAAGUUUAGCGUGGACGAGGGCCUCACCUGGAGCACACACAACUUCACCAGCACCUCCGUGUUCGUGGACGGCCUGCUGAGCGAGCCUGGAGACGAGACCCUGGUCAUGACGGUCUUCGGCCACAUCAGCUUCCGCUCCGACUGGGAGCUGGUCAAGGUGGACUUCCGGCCCUCCUUCUCCAGGCAGUGCUCUGAGGAGGACUACAGCUCCUGGGACCUCACCAACCUCCAGGGYGACGACUGCAUUAUGGGCCAGCAGAGAAGUUUCCGGAAGAGGAAGCCCACGUCCUGGUGUGUGAAGGGGCGGAGCUUCACGGCAGCCCUCAAGUCCCGCGUGUGCCCAUGCCGGGACACGGACUUCCUCUGUGACUACGGGUUUGAGCGCUCGCCCUCCCCGGAGUCGGCCGACAAGUGCGCUGCCAACUUCUGGUUCAACCCCUUGUCACCUCCUGACGACUGCGCCCUGGGCCAGACCUACACCAGCAGCCUCGGGUACCGGAAGGUGGUGUCCAACGUGUGUGAGGGUGGCGUGGACCUGCAGCAGAGCCCCGUGCAGCUCCAGUGCCCCCUCACCCCACCCCGGGGCCUCCGGGUGAGCAUCCGCGGCGAGGCGGUGGCCGUGCGGCCCGGGGAGGACGUGCUGUUCAUGGUGCGGCAGGAGCAGGGAGAUGUCCUGACCACCAAGUAUCAGGUGGACCUUGGGGAUGGCUUCAAGGCCAUGUACGUGAACCUCACACUAACUGGAGAGCCCAUCCGGCACCGAUACGAGAGUCCUGGCAUCUACCGCGUGUCUGUCAGGGCAGAGAACAUGGCGGGGCAUGAUGAGGCGGUGCUGUUUGUCCAGGUCAACUCCCCCCUGCAGGCACUCUACUUGGAGGUGGUUCCUGUCGUCGGCAUCAACCAGGAGGUGAACCUCACCGCUGUGCUGCUGCCCCUGAACCCCAAUCUCACUGUCUUCUACUGGUGGAUUGGCCACAGCCUGCAGCCCCUGCUCUCCCUGGACAACUCUGUGACCACGCGGUUUGCAGACGCGGGUGACGUGCGGGUGACGGUGCAGGCUGCCUGCGGGAACUCGGUGCUGCAGGACUCGAGGGUGGUGCGUGUGCUGGACCAAUUCCAGGUGGUGCCUCUGCAGUUCUCCAAGGACCUGGACGCCUACAACCCCAGCACGCCCGAGUGGAGGGAGGACGUGGGCCUGGUGGUCACCCGGCUGCUCUCCAAGGAAACCAGUGUCCCCGAGGAGCUCCUGGUGACCGUGGUGAGGCCAGGGCUGCCCACCCUGGCUGACCUGUACGUGCUCCUGCCACCUCCCAGGCCCACGAGGAAGAGGAGCCUCACCAGUGACAAGAGGCUCUCGGCCAUCCAGCAGGCGCUGGGCGCACACCACAUCAGCUUCCUCCUGCGGGGAGGCCUCCGCAUCCUGGUGGGCCUGAGGGACGCCAGCUCAGGUGAGAGCCCAGCGCGGCCCCCAAGCCUGGGCGGCGGUGGCGGCUACUGGGCUGUGGUGGUCCUCUCGGUCACAGGGCUGUUCGCAGUGGGAGCCUUCAUCCUCUACAAGUUUAAAAGGAAACGCCCGGGCAGGACCGUGUACGCCCAGAUGCACAACGAGAAGGAGCAGGAGAUGACCAGCCCCGUGAGCCACAGCGAGGACGUGCAGGGCGCCACCCAGGGCAACCACUCGGGCGUGGUCCUGAGCAUCAACUCCAGGGAGAUGCACAGCUACCUGGUGAGCUGAUGUGGCGGGGUCUGGCCGGGACACUCUCCUCCGCUGGUCAUUCCCUGGAGGGCACAGCCACGAGUGCAGCUGGAACCAUGUCCCCUCAGAGACCUGCGGGAGGCCACCUCCUCCACCAUCCCCACAUGGGACAGACACUGCUCCCUCUGCCCAAUCCCAGCCCACCAGGCCCAUGGGGUGCCAGCCCAGCUGAUUCCUGGCCCUUCUGGACACAGGCCCACAGAGCCACCGAUGUCCCCACCCCUGACUCUGGGGUGUCUCUGGCCCUGGCCCCUGCACAUGACCAGGCCGCUCCAACCUGUCGCCCCAGCCAAGGCCUGGCUUCUCCUGGCUGCCGCUGGCCUGUCCAGAGCCAGUCCGGGAGCGAGCCCACCGGGUGGGCCCUGCUCCGAGACCCAAGACCCACGCAGACGCUGCACUGCAGCUCCUGUCCCUGCAGAAGCCCCGGAGUCCUGGACCCUGUGGCCAGGGCUCCCAGCACCACCUCCAGGCCUUCCUGCCAUCGUCCUCUUUUUAAGCUGCAGAUGACGUAGCUUCCCUCUCGGUGGCGCCUGCUCCGGGGCUUUGGUUGAACUUCUGCUCUCGUGGCCAGUGGUGGGCAUCUGGUUGCCGUCAGAGCUUCGUUCUUGGAACCCCUUUUCUAGAACCCAGGGCUCCUCUGGGCCCAGAGGGGCCAGUUUUCCCUAGCGGCCUGGGGUGGGGACACAGGGACCCCAGCCUACAGCUCCUCACCGGCUGCCCGGCCUCACGCAGCUCUGCCCCGCAGCUCCAGGGACUUGGGAGGGGCGGGCCCCCCACAGCCAGAACAGCCUUCUGUGCCCCUUACAACUUGGGGGGCUCCUGCAGAGCCAACCAGGAGGCGUAGGGCAGAUCUGAGGGGCCACUGGAAGUGUGGCCCCCCCCAGGUGAAGGUGGGCGAUGGGCCCGAAAUGGGUGGCUUUCCCAGGGUCAGGACAAGAUGGAGCGGGGUGGCCCCGGAGCCAGCCCUCGGCAGCACACAGGACGCAGCCGCCUGGAGUCGGGGCUCUGGCACAAGCCUCCAGAAGACAGCGGGCACUUCACCUUUUGCCUUGAAUUGGGAAGUCACUGUCCUCCUCCUCCCCUCCCCUCCCUGCCCAGGCCAGGCUCUCUGGUGGCCACACCAGGGCCUGUAGCAAGGCAGCAGUGUCCUCUGCACCCUGCCGGAGCCUGGGGUGUCCGCCUGUCUUCCCUAGGAGUGGCCCGUGACCAGGGAGGCCCAGGGAGAGGUCUUCAGCCUCCGGGCACCUGGUCUUUGCUGGGUGGAUGCCCUGGCAUCUGGGUGCUCCUGUCACAGAUGGGACUCGGGGAUCACAGUCACCAAGACAGCCAUGCAGGGACGGGCCUGGGUGUGGAGGUGUCCCAGCUGUGCCCAGCCUGCCCCCACCCUGCCUGCCCACUGACCUGAGACCUUAGCCAGUGCCCACCCCCAGCCUGCAGUCUGCACUCCUAUGUGGAGACCUGUGAGCUGCGGCCCCCACCCAGCACAUCUGUGUCCACCGGCCAUGCGUGUUGGACACAGCCAUGCUCACACUCAGCCCACCCAGGCCCAGAUCCCAGGUCAGCUCGGGAUCCCUGGAAACACCCUCCCUGGCUCACCAGGGCCUGCGGGUGGCCAGCUGCACACCUCCGACCCUCCUCGACCACUCAGUUUAAUUCUCUCAGCUGUUGGGUGGGGAUCCCCCUUGGUAAUUGUGUUUUUCCUAUUUUAUAUUAUUAUUGGUAUUAAGAUCUUCUUGGGUGUGUGGACCCAAGAACCUGGGAGGAUGGUGGCAUCCCAUGUCCCCGUGUGUUCCCAUCUCCGCAACUGGGGGAUCAGCACGGGGGUCUGUGCGUUUACCUGGCCGUCUACUGAGCUCCGCGCCUGGCGUGCAGGUGCACAGGGGGGCACCUGGAGUUGGCAUGACAGCGCUGGUGUCUGGUGCUGUCUGAGCAGGCCCCAUACCCACACAGUGUGUGCACAUAACAGGGGAUGCCUUCUUUC